UACCGGUCAGGCAUCCGAAGAGGGUUUUGCGAAAAAAUUGGAUCACAUCGCAAAUUUGGUAACAAGAUACAGUUUGCAAGUGGGAGAAGAAAAGUAAACAGUGUUAGCGAGAAGUAAGGUGAAAUAUAUUUGUGAAGUUUUAAAUUGAAAAUAGUGUAAAUUCACACUAAGUCGCAGGAUGAAUCGAGUUAUUGUACUGCUGGCCUUAGUCACACUGGCUCGGGCGCUUUCGAUCGACGAUCGCGGUCUGGACAUCAACAUUAAUGUGGAGAAAAAUUCGAAUCUGUACCACCACGGUCGGGUCAGCUCCUUCGAGUACGGACUGGAUGUCGUUAAACAGGUGGAUCACCAUUUCCAGCAUAAGGUCAAGGGCGAGGAUGGCGUAACCUACGGGUGCUACGGAUUCGUCGAUCCCGAUGGAAAGCCACACCUGGUGCAUUAUGUGUCCGAUUUGAGAGGGUACCGUGUGGUUCCACCGAAUCAUGCUACGAAAAUUUACAUCGACCGAUUGGAAAAGAGCAUAGACAAUGUCUAUCAAGCUUCCAUUGCAAAGGAUGUUCAGUGGAAGGAUUUAUUCUUCCCACCGGCAUGUAAAACCUUGGCUGCAGAACUCGAGAACCAGGCUCCCCCUACUACUAGGCGACCAACAACGCCACGUCCAACCACACCACGCCCAACUACUCCGCGUCCUACGACAACGACCGCUGCCCCAUUGGAGCCCGAGUUCGGUGAUUCGAGCAACGUGCACGAAGCCUUCGCAGUUCGCCAGGAGCCAGGUUCGUGUUCUCGGGUGUGCGACGAACUGAGGGUUGAAUUGCAGGACAUUAAAUCUAAAUUGAAGACUCUGAUUGAUUCGCUGAGCGAUAACAAGGCGCAACGAAACAGACCACUUAGUGGAAAUAGCUCGUAUGCCUAUUUCCCGGUUUUACUGAGCGACAGGCCGCCGGAGGGAUUCGAUGCACGGUCAGGAAAGUACGCGCUGCCGGUGUUCGCACAGCAGACGUGUGGCAAUUAUUAGUCUAGGUUUAUUCCGGUCCGGUAGAGUGCAAUGUUUGAAGUGUAAUUAUUCUAGUUUGUAUACAUGAGAGUGAGCGUUGUGAUUGAUUAUUGAUGAAGUGAAUGAAAUAUCGUUAGUAAAAUAAAGUAAGAAUUUACCAGUAA